CUUCUUAAUGAUAUUGCUCAGAGUGAAAAAGAUUAUGAUCCAUUUGCGGAUAGAAGAAGAGCUACGAUUAUGGACCGAGAGGAUGAAUACCGUCAAAAAAGGAUUCGGAUGAUAAUUUCACCAGAACGGGUGGAUCCUUUUGCCGACGGUAAGUAAAUUGCUUCAAUCUUUUCCCUUUUUAUUGUUAUUAUUCACAACACUUGUAAAGAAAAGUAUUUGCUUGUGAGUUAUUGUUAUUUUAUUUAUUUUAUGGAAUAAAGUCACGAAUCACAAGCAGAUAGUUUUAAAUAUUGGGGUAUUUGAAUGAUUUGUGAAUGGAAUUAUUGUAUGGAUGGAGAGGUUUGAUAUUAAUUGAGAAUAUACAAAAACUAAUGACUCAUUUUGUUCUUAAUGGACACCCAGAUUUAGGUUGACAAGAUAAAAGAAGUUUGUUAGUUCAAGGAACAUCAGACAAACGUUAAUCAUAUAGAAGUGGUAAAAAAAUGCUUAAUGGAUAAAGUGUGAAAGACUGUGUGCAUUGUAUAGAAAAUUAUUAAUUUACCCCAGCCUAUUUCUAGGUACAAUUUGACCGUCUGUUUUCGUGGAACAUCCUGUUUUUGAAUUGGAUCCUUGCUUCACGUGGGAAAACACCUGAAGUAAAUGCUAGGGGUUACACUCAGAUUAUGAAAGAAACCCUUUUGAAGGGAGAAGAAAAUGAGUUAAGGAAGAAGAUCUUGGAUAAAUCCAAGGACGGAUCACUUAAACUUCAAAAUGGAGAUGCAAAGGCCACCCCGAAGAAGCGUGGCCGAUGGGAUCAAACAGUUGAAGAGUCCUUUGUGCCUGCAAAGAAAAAGACUCUGGCAGUGUCGACCAGCAGCACUGCUCCAACCCCAGUAUGGGAGGGCGAUAAAACUCCGGCCGACAUUCGUUGGGACGAAACUCCCGGUCACAAAGGAAGUGAAACUCCCGGUGCUACACCCGGACAGUCCACUCGAAUUUGGGAUGCUACCCCGGGGGCUGCUACGCCUGGGCGUGAAACUCCCGCACAUGAUAAAAUUUCAUCUAGAAGAAAUCGUUGGGACGAGACUCCGAAAACUGAGAGGGACACUCCUGGCCACUCGAGUGGAUGGGCUGAAACACCUAGAACAGAUCGCACCGGAGCUGAUCUGAUUCAAGAAACUCCUACACCAGGAGCAUCCAAGCGCAGAUCAAGGUGGGACGAAACUCCGUCUGCAGUGACUCCAUCGCAAGCCACUAUGACUCCCGGUGCGAUGACACCUCAAACACCUCACGGAACCCCAGGACACUCGACGCCAAUGUUGACUCCAGGAGGUUCUACGCCGGUCGGAACUAAAGCUAUGGCCAUGGCUACACCCACACCGGGGCAUUUAGCUUCAAUGACUCCGGAACAGUUGCAAGCUUAUAGAUGGGAGCGUGAGAUCGAUGAAAGAAAUCGGCCUUAUUCAGACGAAGAACUGGACGCCAUGUUCCCUCCCGGCUACAAGGUGUUACCCCCACCGGCUGGCUACAUUCCCAUAAGAACACCAGCUAGGAAACUGACAGCAACACCGACGCCUCUAGUUGGAUCCACACCUGUAGGCUUCUUUAUCCAAACAGAAGACAAGACCGCGAAGUUUCUGGAUAACCAACCGAAAGGUCAAAACUUGCCCUUCAUGAAGCCAGAGGACGCGCAGUAUUUCGACAAGCUCCUGGUGGACGUGGAUGAAGACGCCUUGAGCCCGGAGGAACAGAAAGAACGCAAAAUUAUGAAACUGCUUUUGAAAAUCAAGAACGGAACCCCACCGAUGCGUAAAGCCGCUUUGAGGCAAAUCACCGACAAGGCGCGGGAAUUCGGCGCCGGUCCACUCUUCAACCAGAUCCUUCCUUUGCUUAUGAGUCCAACCCUGGAAGAUCAGGAGCGUCACUUGUUGGUUAAAGUGAUCGAUCGAAUUCUGUACAAGCUAGACGACUUGGUGCGUCCUUACGUCCAUAAGAUCCUUGUCGUUAUUGAACCGUUGCUCAUCGACGAAGAUUACUACGCCCGCGUGGAGGGUCGUGAGAUCAUUUCGAAUUUGGCGAAGGCUGCCGGCUUGGCCACCAUGAUUUCCACCAUGAGACCCGACAUUGAUAAUAUCGAUGAAUAUGUGAGAAACACUACGGCUCGUGCUUUCGCAGUAGUAGCUUCCGCGUUGGGAAUUCCGUCAUUGCUUCCGUUUUUAAAAGCGGUUUGUCGUUCAAAAAAAUCGUGGCAGGCUAGACACACUGGCAUAAAAAUCGUCCAACAAAUUGCAAUCCUAAUGGGUUGUGCGAUAUUGCCCCAUUUGAAGUCUCUGGUGGAGAUUAUCGAACAUGGCUUGGUAGACGAACAACAGAAGGUAAGGACCAUUACCGCCCUCGGUAUCGCCGCUUUGGCGGAAGCUGCUACUCCAUAUGGUAUCGAGAGUUUCGAUUCGGUGCUGAAACCUUUAUGGAAAGGUAUAAGAACUCAUCGCGGUAAAGGUUUGGCAGCCUUUUUAAAGGCUAUUGGUUAUUUGAUUCCCCUUAUGGAUGCCGAAUAUGCCAAUUAUUACACAAGGGAAGUAAUGUUGAUUUUGAUCAGAGAAUUUCAAUCUCCUGAUGAGGAAAUGAAGAAAAUUGUGUUGAAGGUGGUGAAGCAGUGUUGUUCGACCGACGGUGUGGAGCCUCAGUAUAUUAAAGAGGAAAUCCUUCCCCAAUUCUUCAAGCAUUUUUGGAAUCAUAGAAUGGCGCUAGAUAGACGUAACUAUAGGCAAUUAGUCGACACCACGGUCGAAAUCGCAAACAAAGUAGGAGCAUCCGAAAUAAUCAACAGAAUCGUGGAUGACUUAAAAGACGAAAACGAGCAGUAUAGGAAAAUGGUUAUGGAAAGUAUUGAAAAAAUAAUGGGCAAUUUGGGCGCCGCCGACAUCGACUCCCGACUUGAAGAACAACUGAUCGACGGCAUCCUGUACGCAUUUCAAGAACAGACGACUGAGGACGUAGUGAUGCUCAACGGUUUCGGUACCAUCGUCAAUCAGCUGGGCAAAAGGGUGAAGCCCUACCUGCCGCAGAUUUGCGGUACUAUUCUCUGGCGCUUGAACAAUAAAUCAGCAAAAGUGCGACAACAAGCCGCGGAUUUAAUAUCGAGAAUAGCUGUGGUCAUGAAAACUUGCCAGGAAGAAAAGUUGAUGGGUCACUUGGGUGUGGUAUUGUACGAGUACUUGGGAGAGGAAUAUCCCGAGGUGCUGGGAUCCAUACUCGGCGCCCUUAAGGCGAUCGUUAAUGUCAUUGGUAUGACUAAGAUGACUCCUCCCAUAAAAGACUUGCUGCCUCGCCUGACGCCGAUUUUAAAGAACAGACACGAAAAGGUGCAAGAAAACUGCAUCGAUUUGGUCGGGCGUAUCGCCGACAGGGGGCCUGAGUAUGUAUCCGCGAGAGAGUGGAUGAGAAUUUGCUUCGAGUUGUUGGAGCUGCUGAAGGCCCAUAAAAAGGCGAUCCGCAGAGCGACGGUGAACACGUUCGGUUAUAUAGCAAAGGCGAUCGGCCCUCACGAUGUACUGGCGACGCUGCUAAACAACUUAAAGGUGCAAGAACGUCAAAACCGAGUUUGCACCACUGUGGCUAUCGCCAUCGUCGCGGAAACUUGCUCGCCGUUUACCGUGUUGCCCGCGUUGAUGAACGAAUACAGAGUUCCAGAGUUAAACGUCCAAAAUGGCGUGUUGAAAUCAUUGUCAUUUUUGUUCGAGUACAUUGGCGAAAUGGGUAAGGAUUAUAUAUACGCGGUGGCUCCACUGCUGGAAGAUGCUUUAAUGGAUCGAGACUUGGUGCACAGACAAACUGCUUGUGCGGCAAUUAAGCAUAUGGCACUGGGGGUAUAUGGUUUCGGAUGUGAAGAUGCCCUCAUUCAUCUGUUAAACUACGUCUGGCCAAAUAUAUUCGAAACAUCGCCCCAUCUGGUGCAAGCUUUUAUGGACGCGAUAGAAGGAAUGAGAGUGGCUCUUGGCCCAAUCAAGAUUUUGCAAUACACUCUUCAGGGUCUGUUCCAUCCGGCGAGGAAAGUGCGGGACGUUUAUUGGAAAAUUUACAAUUCUCUUUAUAUCGGCGGACAAGAUUCUUUAGUGGCCGGUUACCCGAGAAUCGCCAACGAUCCUAAAAAUCAGUAUAUUAGAUAUGAAUUAGAUUAUAUUUUGUAAGUGUAGAUUUUGUAUGAUUUAAGACAUUUGGUAUAACUCUCUCAUGUUGUAGUCACAAAAUUCUAUCGAUUUAUGCCAAUUACAAUUUGUAUAUACAAUUAGAUCAGUAGAGGUGUGCACAGUAGUAACGACAAUUAAAAUUUGAUGGUGAUUCUUUUUAUUGAUUUUGAAUCGUCUUGGUGUUAUAUUUCAUUUUCUUAAAACAAAAGUUGGUUUAUGUUAUAUAACAAGAGCAAGCAACUCCACCAAGGAUUGCCUAAUUAGGUCAUAUCUUUUCCACGAGAAUGCUUGGGCUUGUGGUAUAUUAGUAUGUUGUCCUAGCUUAUUUUCAUGGAUUCGUUUUCACCAAAUAUACAUGUUAAUGCU